UACUGAAAAUCAUGAAUAACAGCACAUCUGAGGCAAUAAGAAAAAUUUCACUACUCGCGCGACACAAGAACAACUUGUUAUGGCUGAAAGCGACCAUUGGGUUGUACGUUUUAACGCUGGUUCUUGGCUUCUUAGGAAAUUUGAUUGUUUUGAUUGUCAUUGCGCGCAAGAAAAUACGAAUGUGGCGUCCACAUGAAACAUUCAUUCUCAAUCUUGCAAUAUCUGAUCUAAUGCUUAUCACAAUAUUUCUUCCUUUUCAAAUCUACAUCUUCUUAGUGGAAUUUCAUUCUUCUGUGUUCUACUGCAAGUUUAUCGCAUGUUUGAUUACAGUGGCUUUGGGAGCGAGCAUCUUUACCUUAACUGUUAUGGCGAUUCAACGUUGUUAUGUUAUCACAAACCCGUUCAAACAUGGAACUAUAUCGCAACAAUCAGUUAUAAUUUGGUUAGUUCUAGUAUGGAUCCUAUCUAUUGUGUUAGUGGUACCCAGAAUCCUCGUGUCCACAGCAUACUCAAACCGUUGCAUUCAGCAGUGGCCGAAUCAAAGCAUUAAAAAACUAUACACCGUUAGCUUAUUUAUCGCACGGUUUGUGAUACCGUUGUUUAUCAUUUCGAUUGCUUAUUUUCGCAUUGCAAAAGACUUAGCACGUUCACCUGCUCCAAGAUUUGACUUGGACGAGAACGGUCAAAUAAAGACGCGUACUGCCAGGCGUGAAAAUGUCGAGGUAACGAAAACUCUAGCUGUUAUUGUUGUGUUGUUUGUGCUUUGCAUGCUGCCUUUUCGCCUAAAUAUGAUUGUGAUGUUGUUUGGAAACGAAGACCAAGUACUCCUAGCGCGAACGAUGCGCCGAUACACGUCAAUAUUAACAGUAAUUCAUAGCUGUACGAAUCCCAUUGCGUAUGGAACGCUCACAAAGACCUUUCGCAGUUGGUUAGCUCGAUACGCGCGUUGGUUGAAUUCGUUGAUUCAAUGUAGGCACUUACAACGUGAAAACAAUCAAGAGGAAACUGUCAGAAGUUUGAAACGAACACGAAAGUCAAGCGAACAUCUGCGGAAAUUUAAAUUAAUCCACUUAAUAUCAGGCAAUACACAGGGUAUGAACUUGCCAGUUGAAACCACAGAUACGAGAUUACUCCAAGUGAGGUCUAAAAUGAUAUAUAGAAACAGGGAGAGGAAGGAGACUGCUGUAUAACCAGGAGGAAAUGAUUUGGAAGGGACACAUUUAAUAACCACUUUGCCCUUAUUAACAAGGCGAGGAAGGAAAAAGAUGCCAACAUUGUUUCAAUUUUACUCAAUGGAAACCCAGGCAAUAAAUUUACAAAAGCGUGAUAAUUUCAGCUUACUUUACCUCCAUCAUCUGACUGUCGUCUAAAAGAAGGAAAAUUUUAUUCAUUUUAUUCUAUUAUAGUUGAUUAUAGUUGCAACAUGAUCGGAACGUACGGGUUGGCGUACAAAGAAAAAAUUUCAAAAGGAAAUCAACAACUGCAGGAAAUCGAGAGCGUUGACCAUCGAAUCGUAGCAUACAGUGAAACUUGUAUUAAGAGGACCCCAUAUCAAGCGGACACCCUCGGACACCAGCUUGAGUCC